AUGGUAUCGAAUCCGAUGAUAUUCACAUUCGUGCUUAUUUUAUCUGUUGGUAUUUUCAAGCAAACCGUUCAAGCAGACACGCAACGGUCAAAUAGUAAUGGUAUGCGUCGAACUCAUCGUGCUGCUGACGAAAGAAUAUUAUUAUCGGCAUCUGCGACAUUACUUGCUUCUAGUAUAGAGUGCAAAGCUGAUGUACAAAAAUAUUGUGCUAAAGGCACUGCACGAGCGGUUAUUAAUUUGAAAGUAUUACAAUGUUUUGAUGAUCUUGAUAAUGCCGUGAAUUUGAUAAGUAAAGAAUGUCAAAAUCGUAUUUAUAAAUUUAAAUAUAAUAUGACACAUGAUGUACGUUUCGACGAUGGGGCAAUCAAAUAUUGUGCCAAGGAUAUUAAAUAUUUGGAUGAAUGUAACGAUCGCACCGAUGAACGUGGCACUGGCCGUCUUGUUUCAUGUUUAUAUGAUCGUUUGGGUAAUAUAACUGAACCGUCAUGUCGAAAUUUUAUUAAUCAACUACAAUCGGUUAUAUUCACCGACUGGCGUUUAUCAGAAUAUUUUACUACUGCCUGUUUCAAGGAUAUUACAGAUCUCAAAUGUGGACGAUUAGACGAUGAUAAUGAUACUUUACCACAUAAUCAAGGUGCUGUUAUUGCAUGUUUAUCGCGAAACAACGAUGGUUUAUCUAAACCAUGCUUGAAACAUAUAUCUCGACUACAUGAGAUGCAAUCAAAUGAUUAUCAUCUAGACCGGGCACUGUACUAUGCAUGCCGCGAUGACCGCGAACGUUUGUGUACUCAAGUUUCAAGCGGCAAUGGUCGAGUUUACCGAUGUUUAUAUGACAAUAAAUUUAAUACUAUGAUGUCAGCAGAUUGCCGUAAAGAAGUUCAUCGACGACAAAAAAUGGUAGCUACCAAUGCCCUGUUGGAUGCGCCAUUGGUUCGAGCAUGUGGCACCGAAAUGCGUGAACAUGAAUGCGUUGCUAAUCCAAAAGAUCCCGAUCCUCAAUUAUCACUUAUUAAUUUACUUCUUUGCCUUGAAGAUAGAAUUAAAAAAGGUAACAACAUAAAAGAUGAUUGUCGCCGUGAAGUACUUAUGCAUCGUCGUAUGCUAAUGUCGGAUUACGCUGUUUCGCCUGAAAUUGUUGCUCAAUGUAAAAAUGAAAUGGUUCAGCAUUGUGCUUCAUUAUAUCAACAAGGUGCUAGCGGUACCAUUGAUCAACGUGGCGGUCGAAUGAUUCAUUGCUUAUUAGGUGCAGCUCGUAAAGAAAAAACUUUUAGUCCUGCAUGUUUAUCAAGCGUUAAAACAUUGGUGCGAGCUGUCGAUCCAGGUAAUGAUAUACGAGCCGAUCCACUUUUGGAAACAGCUUGUCGAUCGGUCAUUGAUACGUUAUGUGCAAGAAUAAAACCCGGUGAUUCAAAUGUAGUUUUAUGUCUAAUGGAUAAUUUAAAAAAUAGUCGCAUGACAGAAGAAUGUGAAGAUCGUCUUAUGGAAGUUGCUUAUUUUAUGUCACGUGAUUGGAGAUUGACACCAAAAUUAAUGCGUUCAUGCCAAAAAGAUCUUAUUAAAUUAUGUGAACUACCACCAAACUGGUCUAUGACCAGUAAUAUGAGUGAUGUUAGUUUAGGACAAUAUCUAAGUUGUUUAUAUCGACACAAGAAAGAACUUGACAAUGAAUGUCGUAAUGAAUUUCAAAAAAUAAUGCGUACUCGAACAACAUCAAUUGGUUUAAUGCCUGAAAUUGAAGAUAAAUGUAUAGAAGACUUAGCGAGUUGUAAAAAUCCAGAAAUUAAAGGAGAAGAAAUGAAAUGCUUACAAAAGAAAUACAAAAACCUUGAAGAUUCAUGUAAAACUGCUGUUAAAGCUUUUACAAAAAUGACCAUAACUGAUCCAUCUCUUGACUUUCUUCUUAUGAAAACAUGCGACCCGAUGAUACAAUUGUUUUGUGCGAAUAUUGGCACCGGUCAUGAAAAUGAUUUACUCCGUUGUUUAAUCAAUAAUAAGAACAAUCAAAAAAUGGAUUUUCGUUGUAAAACAAGCAUCGAACAUCAUCAAAUAAUAAGUUUGAAAGAUAAAGCAUUCUUAAGUGAACAAUUUCAGAAGAAAUGUGAAAAAGAAUUAACUGAACAUUGCCCAGGAAAAAAGACAAAAUCAGGAACUAUUCAAUGUCUUGCUGGCAUUGUCCUACAAGAUGUCUUAAAAAAAACAAAUCGAAUAAAUGAAGAAUGUCGUAGUGAAUUAAAAUUUGAACUUCUUCAACGUAGUGAAAACAUUAAUUUCGAUCCCCUAUUCGCUAUAGCAUGUAAAAAUGAUAUUUCUAAAUUUUGCGCAGAUCGUACGGCAGGCAAUGCUCAGGUUAUUGAUUGUCUGAAAGCAAAUCAUAAGAAAGUGUCAGAAGCAUGUUAUGCCAAGUUGAAAAAACGGGAAAAAAUUGAUAUCGUCUUACCAGGAGCUGAUUAUAGUUUAACAACAAAGUGUGCUCCACUUAUUCAGAAAUAUUGCGCCACUGCAAAUAAACAAAAUUUGUUAUCGUGCUUACGACGUAAUAUCAAUCAAGACAAUACGCCAGUUCCAUGUCGAACUGUUCUCUAUCGUCGUUUAAUGAUUCUUAAUACGGAUGGCCGGUUCCAUAAAGGUUUAAUUGAAAAUUGCCAAACUGAUAUUGAUAAACAUUGUCAAAAUUUGAUCAUCGAUGAAGAUAAUGAUGAUGAAGAAUCCGACGAUGCUGAUGAUAAAAAUAAAAACGAUAAGAAUCCAACGGAUGACGAUGUACAAGAUCGUGAUAUGGGUGGUAGAAUCAUUGGAUGUUUACGUUCAAAAUAUGCUAACACGCAAGCUGAAUUAGAACCGAAAUGUAUCGUUGAACUAGUUGAUGUUAUUCAAACAUCAAAACUUGAUAUUGAAUUUGAUGUUAAACUUUAUCAAAGUUGUAAGAAUAUAAUCAAUUCGCAAUGUUCUGGCUCAGAAAAAGAAGAUUGUCUAAAAUUAUUGUAUCAGCGAAAUAAAAUUACGGAGGCAAAUUGUAAACAAGAAAUUAUACGUAUUAUACGAGAAGGACGAGCUGAUGUACAUGUUGAUCCUGCAUUAUCAACUGCAUGUCAAGUUGAUAUUCUUAAAUAUUGUAAUGAUGUUCCAAUAGGAAGUGGUAAACAAUUAAACUGUUUAAUACAAAUGAGUAAAUCUGUUACACCUUAUUGUAAAAGUAUGCUAUUGAAACGGCAAGAACUAUGGGAUAGUAUUUCUCGCAUCGAUGAUUUAGAAGAUUUAACAAGAGAAAUUUCCAAGUCGACUAAUAAUGUUUAUCUCUACGCAGCAAUUAUUUCAAUAUUAUUUGUAAUAUUUCUAGCUGGUUGUUGUUCUCGUCGAUGUAUUCGAGUUCGUCGUGUACAAAAAUAUCAAUAA